AUGUUUAACUUUGACGGGGAAUUCCGGCGGCGGCCACAGCAAAACCUUGGCGGUGCGUCACUUAAAACCGACCGUCUCACAAUCAUCCGGAAAGCACAGCACGAGCGCCAGAAGCGCGAAGAGGCGCGCCGCCAGCAGAAUGGGGCCACCGUCAUACAGUGUGCGGUUCGGAGCUUUAUCCAGCGACAGCAAACGAAGCAACGCGAACGGGACAAGGUGGACGUGUACCGGCGCAACAUCGGCAACAUCCGCGGUGCUCACGACCUGGAGUACCUCACGAAACGUGUCAUAUUUUUCUACUCACCACGCAUCACAUCCGAUGGCGAUCGCUUGAUAUUCCUCUGCCAGUAUAUGAUCAAAAACCCGACGGAAGUGUUUAAACUCGUGGCACGCGAUGCACCCGUGUGGACGUUUCACAUCAAGCGCCUACUUGGACUCUGCUUGGGGCAAAUUUUACUACCGGAUCACUCACCCACCGUACCGAUGCGUAUGCUGGAGAUCUACUCUUCCGACGUGCACGUGACGAAGCACAUUCGCAUUGCGUCCCAGGAAGUAGCCCGACCAUUCGUCCGAAACUACCUGAUGGCCGUAUACGGUUAUCUCAUAGAGCGCCGUUACUUUCAUGUCGUGCGCCGUCUCCUCGAAGAGAAGCUCCCACCAAUCGACGAUGAGGACACGGCGGCGAUCAACCGAUCGCCGAUCGCUGCCGCCCUCUUUGAAAUGUUGCUCCGUCCGCUGGAGCUUGUCACGCGCACCGAUAAACCUGACAAUCUCAGCCGGCAGAUCCUGCAAUCGUUCACGUUCAACGUCCUGUCGCAGGAACUGUCCGGCGCGGUGAAGUAUUACCUACUGGUGGCACUCAGCGAACGCGACGACUUUCCGUACCGCACGCUGAUUCAGUGCAUCGCAGAUGAGUAUCAGGCACGGCUCGAUUACCGUAGCACGAUACUGAUCGAUUUGACUGGCAGUGACGAUCAGCCCCCGAUGGGGGGGAAAAGUGGAACAGCCAAAAAACCCCGAACCGAUCAAUUGACGGAUGAGUGCUUGCUGCUGAGCAGUUCGUUGCUGUAUUCGUUGCUUAAACUGGAUGAAAGGCACAUCGGUAGGUGGACCACUUCGUGGCGAGAGUUGUUCAGUGCGUACCUCAAGGUGAUCGCUUCGAUGGUGGACAAUAUCACUAAACUACCUCGGGACACGAUCAGUUCACUGUCGCGUCCACUGGACGAUUCGAGUGACUCGGAGUCGGAAUCUGACGUAGAUGGACCGACGCUCGGAUCUAUAGAAGCAGCGAUACUGCAGGAGAUUAUCUGUAUGCUGAACGAGAACCGCCGGGUGGCGUACCUGGUCGGAACCAUUGACACGGUGCUAGAUGAUGCGCAGGCCAUGCAAAACCUCUGCCAAGUUUGCCACAGUCUCAUGACGUUCAACCGAAUGGCUGUGUAUGAGUACAAGCUGCUCUACAUGCUCGCCUCCAAGCCGGCCAUCAUUCGCAAUCUCUGGUACACGCUGACGGCCCAUUCUAUGAGCCAACGCUUCUCCUCCCCAAUCGUGCUCCUUUCCAAGGGUCUCAAUAUCUCAAAAGAAGAUUCCGAUCGUACCAUUCCGAUACUGGCCUCGUUCUGUGCGCUGUUUGGUCGACUGAUUGCCUCGCUUCACGACGGUGAGUUCGUGCAGGAGAACGUGCUGCCCGGUUCGGUCAGUAGCAUCAUGCCGUUUAGUAUAGCGGAGCUGAUCCCACUCAGCACCACACUAAAGGAGAUUUCGCUCGGUCUCGUUGAGCUGGCGUUCCCAGAGACGCGUUCGUUUUUGGAUGAAAACUAUCGCACGAUGAUCUCGUCACUCAGCUCCACUCCCGGCCCUUCGUCGGCUGAUUCGCCAGCCCGACGAAGAGUUGCGACAACCCGCGACCAGAGCAAACAAAUCUGGCCCCACCUGCUGAAGGUGUGCGUAUCGUUGCUGCGACAAAUCCACACGCGCGAUCUACGGCGCUGCUUUUGCCCCGAAGGACACUGGACGGCCCAAAACCUUAAUCUGCCGCUCGAUAAACCCACCGAUUUGCACCUUUCGCGAGCGGGUCGCCGUGGUCCACGGCCGUUCCAACCGAUUCGGGACUUUACGCGCGAAGACAUCGAAGAUGGGCCACCCCUGUCGACGAAACAGAUCCGUUCGAUCACUAUCUUACGUGAGAUACCGUUCGUUGUGCCGUUCAACACACGAGUCGGCGUGUUUCAAGGGCUAGUGGCGGCUGACAAACUGCGGACGCAGGGUGAUUUACAAGGCUUUCUACAGGGGCCUUCGAUACAGCUCACCGUUCGGCGAUCGCACCUGUAUGAGGAUGCGUUCGACAAGCUUAGUCCCACAAAUGAGCCCGAUCUGCGACCAAAGUUUCGCAUCGAAAUGGUCAACUCGGCCGGUUUGCGGGAAGCCGGCGUUGAUGGUGGCGGUGUCUUCCGGGAGUUUCUGUCCGAACUGAUCAAGGUGGCGUUCGAUCCGCAUCGAGGAUUUUUUAUGAUUACGAAGGAUAACAUGCUUUACCCGAACCCGAGCGUCGGCACGAUCGUGGAAGACUUCCAGCGCCACUACUACUUUAUCGGACGCAUACUGGGGAAGGCGCUGUACGAGAACCUUCUAGUAGAGCUACCGUUGGCCGAGUUUUUCCUCUCGAAGCUUGCCGGCAAACACUCGGAUGUGGACGUUCACCAACUGGCCUCACUAGAUCCCGUGUUGUAUAGAAAUUUGAUGUCACUGAAAGCGUACGACGGCGAUGUGGCGGAUUUAGGUUUAGAUUUCACUGUCGUCUGUGAUGCGUUAGGAGUAACUAAGGUUGAAGAACUGAAACCUAACGGUACUAAUAUCAUCGUUAAUUCGUCGAACCGCAUCGAGUACAUUCAGCUGAUGGCGGACUUCAAGUUAAACCAGCAGAUACGGGCACAGUGUGUCGCGUUCCGGCAGGGAUUGGCAAAUGUGCUGCCUAUCGAGUGGCUGUACAUGUUCAGCAACAAGGAAUUGCAGGUGCUCAUCUCGGGCGCCGAAAUUCCAGUAGACGUACACGAUCUGCGGCAGCACACACGUUACGGUGGUGACUUUUCACUUGAACAUCCAGCCAUCCAACUGUUCUGGAAGGUGGUCGAACAGUUCGACGAUAUCCAGCGUCGAUUGCUCUUAAAGUUUGUGACGAGCUGUUCGAGACCGCCGUUGCUCGGCUUCAAAGAUCUCGAUCCACCGUUCUGCAUACAGAAUGCAGGCGACACAGACCGGCUACCUUCCGCAAGCACGUGCAUGAACUUGCUGAAACUGCCGGCCUUCGAGCAGGAAGACGUACUCCGUGAGAAACUGCUGUACGCAAUCCAAAGUGGUGCCGGGUUCGAGCUGAGCUAAGGGUUUUUUUUCUUUUGUUUCGGACCGGGAGGUUGUGGCAAAGUAUUGUGUUUGGUUUCAUUCAUUUCCUUCUUUUGAUGUGAAUACAAUAAAUCGUUCCGCCCACAGGGUGGCAAGGACUACAGCCGCAGAUGCCAUCGGUAUCAUUCCGUAAAGCGAAGGCAAAAGAGACACGAAAUAUACAAAUUGUGG